AUGGAGCCGAUGGUUAUCACGAUCGGCGCUCACAAGCGGUAUGAAACGAACCCCCCCGGACUCCAAAUCGGCACUAGACUUGUGGGAUAUAUCCUCGCCGUCUCCCAAUCUGUUACCUCGUGGUUCUUCAUCAAAACAAACUAUGUCGGCAUUCACAUCUGGGAUAUCCCCAAAGACUACAAUCGCAGACCCGGGCAGAAUUGGAACCUUGCAAAUCAACUCCUCUAUAAUCCAGCCUUGACUGUGGUAAAACUCUCGAUCUUGUUUUUCCUACGCCGACUCGAUUCACGCUCACGGGUGGUCAAAUACCUCAUCUGGAGCUCCUUUGCCAUGGUAAUCAGCCUUUUUAUCACCGUCCUCCUCGUCGACAUAUUCCAAUGCAACCCAGUAGCAUACGUCUACGAUACGACGAUCCCGGGCGGCAAAUGUAUCAACCAAGGCGCAUUCUACGUCUCAACCGCAGCGUUGAACCUCUUCACGGAUAUAAUGGUCCUAUCGAUCCCGAUCAUAAUCACCGCACGCCUCCAAAUGCCCCUCCGACGCAAGAUCGCCGUGUGUAUUAUCCUAUGUCUAGGUGGAGUCGCAACCGCCAUCGGAGUCUGGCGCAUCAUAAUCCUCGCCCAAGCAUUCCUCUCCCACACUCCAAGCCCAGACCCAACCUAUUCAAUCGGAUUCUGCAGCUCGGCAAUCGAAGUAAACGUCGCCGUGGUAACAGCCUGCGGCCCAUCCCUAAAAGCCAUCAGCAGCAAGUUCCUCCCGCGACUUCUCGGCAGCUCGCGUAACGGGAAAUCCACCUACGGCGCCGGCACCGGCUCCGGAACCGGCGUUGGGUCGCGCAGACUCCGCUCGAAUAUCUUCAGGUCCAAGUCUGCCUCACAUGCCCAGGCAUCAUUGUACUCCGCGCGCGGUGCUGAUUACGAGAUGGCGGAUCCGCUGGGUGGACCGCGUGUUGAUGUUGUUGGUGAUUUUGAAAUGCCGGAUCCCAGUCUGCUGAAAUUCGACUCUAUCAUCGGCGACAAAUGGGUCGGCGCAAAGAGCGGCAAGCGCUUUGAAGUCCUCGAUCCCGGCACCGACAAAGCAUGGGCCAGUUGCCCCGCAAACGCAGCAGAAGAUGUCUCCGCCGCCGUUGAAAACGCCCACGCAGCCUUCGAGCAAUUCCGCAAAGUCAACCCUCGCCAACGCGCCAAGUGGCUCCUAGAAUGGCACAACCUGACCGUCGCAGCCCGCGACGAUCUCGCCCAGAUCGUAACCCACGAGACCGGCAAGCCACUCGCAGAAGCAUACGGCGAGAUUGACUACUCCCUCGGCUUCCUAUGGUGGUUCGCCGGCGAAGCAGAGCGCAUCCAGGGCAGUGUAUCGACAGCCGCGGCACCGAACCGCCGUGUGUUCACUAUCAAGCAGCCGAUCGGCGUAGCAGCCGCCCUCGUCCCAUGGAACUUCCCAAUUGCCAUGGUUCUACGAAAAGUAGGCGCCGCACUGGCGGCUGGCUGUACGAUGGUCGUCAAGCCCAGUCCCGAGACGCCGAUCUCAGCGCUCGUGUUGGCGGAGCUGGCGCAUCGCGCUGGUAUCCCUGCUGGUGUGCUUAAUGUGCUCACUACAGAUCUGGAGAACACACCGGCGCUGAGCGAGGCAUUGUGCAAGCAUCCGCUCGUUAAGAAGGUGACUUUCACUGGCUCGACGCGAGUGGGUAAGUUGAUUGCUUCGCACUGUGCGCAUGGUCUUAAGAAAGUGACUCUCGAGCUUGGUGGGAAUUGUCCUUUCCUUGUUUUCGACGAUGCCAAUCUCGACCAGGCGGUUGAGCAACUCAUGUCGCUGAAAUGGCGCCAUGCCGGUCAGGCUUGUAUUACUGCAAAUCGGAUCUAUGUGCAGGCUGGGGUUUAUGAUCGCUUCGCUGCUCUUCUAAAGGAGCGCACUGCUGCGAUAAUCGUUGGUCAUGGUGCGGUGGCUGGCACCACCAUGGGACCUUUGACCACGCCUCAGAGUAUUCACAAGGCCUCUGCGCAGGUUGAGGAUGCCCGCCGACUCGGUGCUGAUGUUAUCUUGGGUGGAAAUCCUCUGAAGUCGAAGCCCGGUUAUUUCUUCGAGCCUACUAUUCUGUCGGGAAUGACGGAUGAGAUGCUCAUCUCGCAGGAAGAAUCGUUCGCGCCUAUUGCUGCACUGUACCGGUUCGAGACUGAGGAGCAGGCUGUCAAGCUGGCUAAUGAUACCAGUAUGGGUCUAGCUAGUUAUGCUUUCACCAAAAAUAUCGAUCGUAUGUGGCGUCUCUUGGAGAACCUGGAGGCGGGAAUGAUCGGAAUGAAUACAGGCAACUCAUCGGCUGCCGAGUCGCCUUUCGGUGGUCUCAAGGAGUCUGGUUAUGGCAAAGAGAGUGGAAAAGACGUGGCUGUCAAUGAGUACUUGGUUACCAAAACGGGCACUUUGACAAUCGAGGGACAAUAUUGA